AGCAUUUCGGCCUACAAGUCGGACGCCAGCUGGAGGACGCUCUCUACACCGCCGACAAUAGCCGCUUCGAUGGCGGACACUACAACCUUGUCUGUACACCGGUGUCGCUUCGUCGAUUAUACCCCUUCAGCCAUCACUGCCCUUGCAUUCCCCCCUUUACCCCUUCCGUCUGUAAAGGGCAAGAAACCUGAAGCCCCGCGCAAAGCACUCAAGGUUGGUACGCUCGCUGUCGGACGGGCAAACGGGAACGUCGAGCUGUGCGAAUGGACCGGCACAGAGAACCAGAUUGAAGCCCCUCAGGCGUGGGUCGUCAGAAAAACAUUGUCAGGACCGUAUCCAUCGAAAGUGGAUAAUUUGGCGUUCGUGAUACGCUAUCCGGAUCUUGUAAUGCAGGAUGAGGUCCCUACGGUCGAGGACUUGCGCUUGUUUAGCACGGGAGGGGGGACAGAGCUCGUGGAGUGGGACUUGGAGAAGGGAUGCGUCAAGCGAACAAUACCGUCCCAUGGAGGGUCUAUCUGGUGUAUAGCGCCUAACCAUGCUUCCACCCUUCUUGCGCUGGGUUGCGAAGACGGUUCCGUCCGAAUACUUUCACUGGCGGAUGACUCCAUCGUGCACCAUAGGCGCUUUGAUCGAGCAAAGUCCCGCUUACUCAGUAUAGCGUGGGGUCCGCCAGUGCCCAAACAAAAGGCCGCAGGGGCACAGCAAGCGUCCGAAGACUCAGACGAGGAUGAGGACACCUCGGAAGACUGGAUAGACUCGUGGAUCGUUACUGGCGGGUCCGAUAGUAGCCUGCGGAAGUGGGAUGUUGCGACGGGUCGCGUGGUGGACCGUAUGGGAACAGAUAAAUUGCGGGGAGAGCGAACUCUAGUCUGGUCGGUCGCCGUUCUAGGGGACGGCACCAUCAUUUCUGGCGAUUCGAUGGGCAUGGUGAAGAUGUGGGAAUCACGGACCUGCACCCAGCUCCAGAGUUUCCAAGGUCAUGGCGCAGAUGUUCUCUGUCUGGCAAUUGGACCCGAAGGCACUACGGUUUACUCUUCCGGCGUCGACCAGAAGAUAACACAGUUCUCCCUGGUGAAGACGGGAAACCCCUCUGACAAGUCGUCUAUCCUACGGUCAAACAGUCGCUGGGUACAGUCUACUUCGCGGCGAAUGCACUCGCACGAUGUCCGGGCACUCGCAAUGUGGCCGCCCUACAGCCCACUUCCGCCAACGUACAAGCGGAUAUUUCCUAUUGACAUUGCACCGAUAUUGGCAUCCGGAGGAUUGGAUAUGAGCGUGGUGCUCACUCCUGCGGCCGUCCCGACGAGCACGAUCACGAAGAUUAUAAACCCGCUGUCCACGAGUACCGUCGCAACGUUUGAGGACUCGUAUCACAGGCGUCUGGCGUAUUCUUCGGGGCAUGCGAACACUUCGGGACUAAAGUUGACGAAACAAGCUGGACUUCUCAUGUGUAUGCAUGACGAUAGCCUGAGCUUAUGGCGAAUACUCAAGAAACGCACACCUCCCCUCGGUGACGACGCUGACGCGGUCGACGCUGACUUAGAUACCAGUACCGGGUCGGGAGGAUGGAGUAAGGUCCUGGAGAUGGACCUUAGUGUCCAGUCGAAUCUCGUGGCGAGCUCUAUGUCUGACGACGGCCGGUGGGUCGUCGUCUCGGACCUGUUCGAGACGAAAUUAUUCGCGUUGGAGCAAGCUAGCAAGGAUGACCAGCUGAAGCCCAGGCGUAUCCGUGAAUUCCCAUCCAUCCUCCAAGGGCACCUUCCGAAGUCGAGGAACGAGGAGCCCUCUACAGGUGCAUCUGCGUUUGCUUUUUCCCCCGAUUCCUCGAAGCUUGCUAUGGCUACAACAAUGAGCGGCUAUGUCCUGAUUGUCGACCUGGGUUCGGGUGAGGCAAAGCCGCGAGUGCUGCGGCGGUUCGACCACCAUCGGAUGCAGAGGGUGCCUGUUCGGAGUCGGUUCGCCGAUGGCCCUCAGGCCAAUGGUGACGGGGACGACAUCGAAAUGGACGAAGAACCUGCGAGCGAUGGCGAUGACGAAGCAUCCUUGGCCGAAGAGUCGUCUCCUGUGACGGCAACAGUGUCCCGGAUGGCGGUCAGCGUAGACGGGCAGUGGCUAGCGACGACAGACGACCGGUGUCGGACGCACAUAUUCAACCUCGACUCUGUCCAACACCAUUGCGUCCUACCUACCUUCCCCCAACCCGUCCACGCGCUCGCCUUCUCCCCCUCCAACCCCUCCAUCCUCGUGCUCGCCCUCGCCAACAACACGCUGCACAUCUUCGACGUCGAGGCGCGGCAGUUCCCCGACUGGGCACGGCCGCUGUGCGCGUCGCUCCCGCAGCGCUUCACGCGCCUGCACGACCCCGUCGUCGGCGUGACCUUCGACCCCGGGGCGUCCGCGCGCGACCCUUCCGGCGCGGCGGCGCUGUUCUGGGGCGCGACGUGGAUUUGCAAGGUGAAGCUGGACGCGCCCGUCGGGUGGGGCGGGUUCUCGAAGAAGCGGAGGCGGCAGAGCGCGAAGCACGACGGUGGCAGGGUCACCUCGGACGAGGGCCGGCAUGACCUGCAGCAGACGAACUUUAAGCUGAUCACGCAUUAUCGCCCGCUUCUGCUCGUUGACUUCCUCGCUCCGGGCGAGCUCGUCGUCGUCGAGCGGCCGCUGGUGGACGUCCUCACGAAGCUGCCGCCUGCUUACUUCAAGCCGAAGUACGGUGCUACGUGA